UCCUUCUCCCCCGUCACCGUCUGGUCGGCGUCUCCUCGUCGCACAAGUCACCACCGACCGCAUCUCCAUCUCGGCGUCCUCACCAUGCCGAUCGGGUGUCAGCGCUAGGGUUAGGGUUUCCGCUUCGCCUUCACUGCUAUGGCUCCAAACGACGCCGCUACCACCGUUCCGUCCGAGCCGGAGAGCGUCGGCGGCCGGAUGAGCAGCGACACUAGGCCGCUCCUCUCGUCGCCCUCGCCCUCGCCCUCCCCCUCCCCCUCCUCAGCCUCCGCCGCGCCGGUGCAGGAGAGCAUAGAGGAGCUGGACCGGAGGUACGCGCCAUACGCGCGGCGGGACGCGUACGGGCCGAUGGGCCUCGCCCCCGUGGGUGCGGUGGAGGCGUUCCGGCUGGCUGUCGCGGCGGUCGUGCUCGUUCCACUCCGGGUCGUGGCAGGCAUGCUCGUCCUCGUGGUCUACUACCUCGUAUGCCGCGUGUGCACGCUGCGGGUGGAGGAGGAGCGGGAGGGCGGCGAAGGGGACGGGUACGCGCGGCUGGAGGGGUGGAGGCGGGAGGGGGUUGUGCGGUGCGGCCGCGCGCUCUCUCGCGCCAUGUUGUUCGUCUUCGGGUUCUACUGGAUCCCGGAGUACGACUGCCGCUUCCCCGAUGCUGAGGAUGGGCAUGCGGACCAGUCUAAAGAAAUGGAAAGGCCUGGGGCUAUUGUAUCUAAUCAUGUUUCUUAUGUGGAUAUUCUUUAUCACAUGUCAGCCUCUUUUCCCAGUUUUGUGGCUAAGAGAUCAGUAGCCAGAUUGCCCCUAGUUGGUCUCAUAAGCAAAUGUCUUGGAUGCAUUUUUGUUCAGCGGGAGUCUAAAACAUCAGAUUUCAAAGGUGUUUCAGGUGCUGUAACGGAAAGAAUCCAGCGUGCUCAUCAACAGAAAAAUGCGCCAAUGAUGCUACUCUUUCCUGAGGGCACAACUACAAAUGGGGAUUAUCUCCUUCCAUUCAAGACAGGUGCUUUUAUUGCAAAAGCACCAGUUCAGCCAGUCAUUUUAAGAUAUCCUUACAAAAGAUUUAAUCCAGCAUGGGAGUCCAUGUCAGGGGCACGCCAUGUAUUUCUGCUCCUUUGUCAAUUUGUAAAUUAUCUAGAGGUGAUCCAUUUGCCUGUCUACUAUCCUUCCGAGCAAGAAAAGAAUGAUGCUAAACUCUAUGCGAAUAAUGUGCGAAAAUUAAUGGCAGUGGAGGGAAACUUAAUUCUUUCAGACCUAGGGCUGGCAGAGAAGCGAGUAUACCAUGCAGCACUGAAUGGAUUGUUGUGUCAAAGCUAGUUUGGAUAAAAUUUGGAAAUGCUUGCUGUUAGUUUUUCCUAGUUGUACCUGUACAUUGUUGUAGAGGAAAAGAAACCAGAUUUCAUCACCAAUCUUUCUCAUCAAAGACCAUCUGUAGAUGACCACAUUGUUUUGCUGCAAGAAUCAGAUAGGCUUUUAAACCAGGAGUUUCAACAUAGGGAGAAAGUAAGGCAUAGCGGCGAAUUUGCCAUUUUCUUAUACUCGUCACAGUUCAUGUUGGUAUGUGUUUUGAGUUAACGUGAUGUACCUGAUGUAUUCGUUGACUAACAUCUAACAAAUAUAAUAGCUUUCUUUUUCCCC